CUAUAGCACAUCGUCAAUGAAGGGCAAUUCAUUAUUUUUGUGUUAAAUUAAAAUCAUAUAAUACCUUUUAUUAAGUGCAAUGUAUGUAAUGAACAUUGAGUAACGCCUUUUUAUGCGGUUUUUAGUUCCAGUAAGUCGGCCACAUCUGCAGAAGGAAGGACAGGUCAACCAACUCAUUACCGUCAGUCACUGAACAGAAUCAGCUGACACCAAAGCUAAACUGUUGGAGCAUUCCGUUAGGUAGGAGUGCACUGAUUUCACGACAAAGUCGACACUUGGUGAGAAAGAAUUUCAGUGCAUCCUACGGUGUUUCACUGAUUAUUAUAUUCAGUUUAUGGUGAUACCAUGCAAAGUCUGUGAAGUCACAACAUAACCUAAAUGCUGUUAUAUCAUCCUUCUGCUUGGUCGGUUAAUGCUGUUAUAACCAGGAAGAUUCACUCAUGUUGUGCCAAUGCCGUGUAUACAUUGUAAGUAUUCUGAACUUUUUUUCUAGCUGAUGAUCUGAUCUCUUGUCUCAGACCCUGCUUUCCAGUACCUGUGAGAGAAUACCAGCCACUUAACUCUCGCCUAAUAAAUAUCUGUGUAGUUUAUUUAUUAUUUUAUUUUUUAUUUAUUUAUUUGUCUAUAUUGUAGAAUAUGAUAGGAAAAACUUUGGUACUCAGUAAAAUGACUUUGGCCCAUAAUGCCGGACCUACUAGUAAUACUACUAGUAUUUUAAUUUAUUUAUUAUCUGGUUUGGUAAUUGUAAACAAUUUAUUAGUAGAAGAAUGUAGUAGAAGUACAAGAUUUUAAAGACGUUAUUCAGAAUUGUAGUGGCCCUUCUUUGUCCCUACUUCGUAACUUUACUAUUGUGGUAGAGCGCCCCUAGUGGUAAAUAAACGCUGUGCCCAUCCUGAAUAUUCACCGCUGACCUUGGAUCAGUUUCCGUUUGCCGUUGUUAUCUUGAAGCUUAUGUAAACCUGACCCGAGACCAGUCUAGAAUCUACGGAAUAACCGACGACUCCAUAUCCUUUCUACCAGCAACGUGGCAAGAUUCAACACUUCAACUUUAGUUGCGCUUUCCCCCCCACAAACUACAAACCCCAGGACACGGUUGGUUAUGUCUCAGUGUUUUUAUGUGCAAUAAUUAUUGUGAAGAGGGACGUGAUUUCCUGUUUUCCAGGCUCGUGCAUCUGUCACACUUCUUAGGGAGGUCCUCUGCUUAUCUGUUUACUCUCAGUUCACGCAGAGACUUGGACGCACAAUUCAAAGAUAACGUAUAAUGAACGCGCAGACUGAACUGUAAAUAAUCCGACAAAUGAAGUUCCUUAUUUUAAUUCCGUUAUUAUGUUUAUUAUUUGUUUUUUUUCUGUUUAAACAGUGCUCCCUGUGAUCGGGGUCUAUUUUGUGAACUUUAUCCUCUUGUUAUCACGUUGAAUUGUUAUCAGCUCUCGUGCAGAGUUCCCUGUGUCAUGAUGUGGCAGUCGCACUUUGCCUGCAUCUGGAAUGUGUCAGCUGAUCAGCUGGUCUUGUGACUAGGGGUCACUAUGAAUCAAAGAGGUCACCCCUGGCCCGAACCUGGCCGUCACCCCCACAAAGCAAAAGACAAAGAGGACUGCCACAGGUAUUCUCACCAGGAUUGGGGCCAGAACUACCCGUCACCGGAUCCCAGAGGGAGGGACAGACGCUGGGCUCAUCCCGGGGCCCACUUUACCAGUCCUCCUGCCAGUGCAGAGCAGUACUCUUACAGCCCUCAUCAAUACCAUAAUGGAUAUGGCCAUGGGUACGACUACAUAACCCACAAUGGCCAAUGGGACUAUGGAGAAAACUACGGUUACUACAACUAUGACUACUAUAGAGGACAGCACAGACAACAUGACGCUGGCAGGUGGGUUCCCCACGACUCCUGGAGUCCAGAACAUUAUCAUGAAAGACCAUCGAAGCAGGAACAUUCAGGGAGCUCCUUCACAGAGGACUACAGGUAUAACCAAGGAAGAGACAGCUCGCAGUCUUACCUCAAAGACCGUGAAGACAAUCCCUCCAGAGAGAAUGAAGAAAUUUCCUCUUAUUACCUGGGAACAUUAGAAAGUUCCAAACACUCAGGUUUAUCUUCCAGCAGCUAUGAACUGAGUCAAUACAUCAAUGGGUCUGAACCCAGUGAUCCAGUCCCACAGCUGGUUCACUCACACGUGGCAGAGACGCUGGCUCCUCUGAAGUACUCGAUCCCUCAUGCAGUUGUCAGCUUUGGGCCCGCGGGACAGCUGCUACGGGUCACUCCAGGCUUCUCCACGCAGGAAAACACCAGUAUGCUGGAGAUCCACAGUCUGGAGGUCAUACUGAGUGAGACGCAGGAACAGCAGGAGUUGAGAAAGUUCCCCGGGCCCCUAACGAGGGAAGGGUUGCAUAAAGUAGAUGCUAUAGAGUUUGCCUACCAGAUGACAGGUGCCUGCAUGACAGAUGAGAAGCUGCCAGAUAAGAGCUCUGCUGCCCUCUUGUGGAAUCUACUGAUACUGCUCUGCAGACAGAACGCUCAAAUUGUUGGCUCAGACAUUGCAGAGCUACUGACGCAGGGCUCGCAGUCAAAUGGAAGCUGGGAGUCAGAGGCUCCCACGCUCAUCGACCUCAGCGAGAGCGCAGCAGCUGAGGCACCACCUUGCAGAGGAGACGACCUCCUCACAGGAAACUGCAGCAGCUUCACCUUGAGGAACUCGGACAAAGCCCUGCAGAGUUACACUCAACUGCUUCUGGCUGGAAGAAAGAAGGAGGCUUUGGAGUCAGCUAUGAGCAACAGCCUAUGGGGUCAUGCAUUUUUUCUGGCCAGUAAAAUGGACAACAGGUCGUAUACCACUGUACUGAACAGGUUUACAGGCCAGCUGACGUCCAGUGAUCCGCUCCAGACUCUGUUCCAGCUGCUGUCGGGGAGAAUUCCUGCCAUGGCCACAUGCUGUGGAAAUGAAAAAUGGGGAGACUGGAGGCCCCAUCUGGCAGUGAUGCUCUCCAACGAGACAGGGGAUCCUGCUGUCCAAAAGAAAGCCGUGGUCACCAUGGGAGACACACUUGCCUCCAGAGGCCUCGUACACGCCGCCCAUGUGUGCUACCUGACAGCCAAUGUUCCCUUCGGGGUGUUCUCACACAAGGCGGAGAGAAUGGUGCUGGUAGGCAGCAAUCACAGACGAUCAUUUCAGCACUUUGCUACAAAUUCUGCCAUCCAGUGCACAGAGCUGUACGAGUACUGCCAGACACUUGGGGGGAAAUGCUUUUCAAUAGCACCCUUUCAGGUUUACAAGUUUCUAUACGCUUGUCGACUGUUGGACUGCGGCCUCGCAUCCCAGGCCUUUCAUUACUGUGAGGUGGUGGGACAGACCAUCCUCAGACAGACGGAACCCUGCUUCAUCCUCACUGCAGAGCUUAUUAAGCUGGCAGACAGACUGAGAUGCUCUGAGGGCCAGUUCAGUGAAGCUGAGGUGGAGCCUGACUGGCUGAAACUGCUACGUGCUAGACAGCACAGUGUGCAGAUGGGGGAAUCUGACUAUACUGCAACAUACCAGACAUUACCUGAAGCAGGUGCUAUGGGCCCUAAAGGCAGCAAAGUGUACUUAGGAUCUGACUGGGAUGACCUGAGUCCGGACAUCCUCAGCCCAGAGCAUGAGCUUCUUCAUUACAAAGGAACUGAGGAUCAUGAAAACCUUUUGGAUCAAGCUGAAAGAAGCGCUGAGGAAAUGAUGGGGCUAGCACAGAACUCUAGCGGAGCUCAGGACUGGCCAAACCCUCCGCUGCCAGUUACAGGGGUUUAUGUACCUCUAGGGGUCGUCACAAGCCACAACUUCACUUACUGUAAUGCAGAUAGUGCAAAUGUAUCUAUUCCGCCAGAGAGGCCUUCAAAUCAUCUGCCAUCAGCAGCAGAGGGACUUGGAUCAUCACCUGAAGCUUUAGUGAUGGGGCAUCAGAUGUUGGACGUUGACUUGAGUCACCAAGGACAAAAGCAUCAGAAUGUACCAAAGGUACUAGAUGCCCCAGAGCAGACAGCUGAGCCUCCUAAACAGAGCACCAAGACAGGAUGGUUCAGUGGCUGGUUUAAGUCAAAACCCAAAGAUGUUCAAAAGGAUAGUUCUGAGCAGGGAGGCUCCACUCACACAGACGCACCACCUGCUGCUGGUUUCGGUGUCCCUCCUCCACCCACCAUUGUCUCUCCUGGCAUGUUUCCAACCCAGGCCUCCUCUCCUGGCAUAAACCCCUUUUCAAGGAAUGCAGGCCAGCAGCUGGGGUAGAGACCUAAUCAAGACAACCCGCCUGCAUCACAGGAUUGCUAAUGAAUAAAUGUGACCAAGCCGCCAUGUCACACGUGAGCUUUACCUGGAGCUGGAGGAGCACCAGUAAAAUCUAUACUGCUCACUGCCCACAUUUCUUUUUUAGGGAUGCCCUUUAACACCCCCCCAACACACACACACACACACACACACACACACACACACACACACACACACACACACACACACACACACACACACACACACACACACACACACAGCUCAACCACCAGUUGGAAACGAAAAUACUUGGUAUGGACUAGUCCAAUAAAUCACACUGCAGCACGUGGAACAGCUGAGUUUGGAGUCCUGCAAAAAGACCACUUUGAAAUGCUGACAAAUGCAAAGUAAAAUCACUGAAGGUGAUGACAGCUCAAACCAAAUAAUUGUUUGGUAACGAUGACUUUCAGGACUAGUGCUAGUUCUAUAAGAAGGACAUGCAGAGACGUCAAACUGAAAGAGGGACAUCUAAUGUUGUCAAGUGAUGGAUGGCACCAAGUACUUGGAGAGGAAAGGAAGGGAAUUGGGAAAGCCAUUUGCUGGGACCACAUGUCCUACAUGUCCACACUCUGAGCAGAAAUGUGCAUAAACAAUCAGAUCUUUAUGUGUUAAUGAAACUUGUUUGUGUGUCAAUAAGAUUUGUUGAUAGGACAGGAAAUAAUAAUUGAAACUUUAUUGAUGAAGUGCGGGAAAAUUAUGUCUGCAUUUGACCCAUCUCCCAUGGGGGAGCAGCCACGGUGUGGCACUCUGGGUUAGUGUUAAGUGCCUUGCUCAAGAACACACCUGGUGCCAGAGCCAGGGAUCAAACCAGAGAACAAUGCUUUACCUAUUGAACUAACCAGGCCACUGUAAAUGUGCAGGCUUCCUAAAACUCUGUAACAGCCAUGUUUUAUGUUUCUGUGUCUUUGUCACUGUACAGUACAAAGCUGCACAUGCCCACCACUUGUGCCACUUUGCCUUCAAGUAAAUUCUCAGUAUUAUCAUUCAAUUGUCAGCAUUCAUUGUCUUUCUGUUGUUGCUUUUAAAGCCAUAUCAAAUCUAAUGAAUAACUAAAUUAAACCCACAUAUUGGACCCAUUGCCAAGAAAGAAGUGGGAUUCCGAACGGGCCCCUCACUUAAUGUAGAGCAAGUGACAACACAGCACUUGCUGUCUCAUAUUACGAUUAGUCUGCAGAGCCAAGUGUCAGUGAGACGCACAGACGCACGCACACAAUCUGAAAACUAUUUUAGCCUUUAUUAUUUAAUAUUUCAUGGCAAUUGUUAACGCUGGCUAGGUCUUAAUAACUACACCUUGGGCUUCUGACCUGUCCUGUCUGACUAAAAAUAUGUGACUGAAUAAAAUACUGCAGUUAC